AUGUCUCAGGAACCCAGAAUCCGUGAUGUAUACGGUCCCGGUACUCAUACCGACCGCAAAUUCGUCCCCGUUCCUCAAGACACAACACGCAUCUUCCGUCUCAUCGCCUCUCAAACUCUAGGCUUCACCCAAGAUGAAUCCAUCCUUUCGAAAGUCAGAUUCACCGGCGAUGAGUCGCCAGUCAUCUCCGGUCCUAUCAAGGCUGUCUCAGUAGCUGCCGCUCUCCACGCCAUGGCUGGUGUAGUAGCUGAUGAGAUCCUUAUUCUUCGAGGUGUCGAGGACAAGGAGCGAAAAGUAACUGUCAAUACUACCCACGUCGGACUUUGGUUUGGCAACAUCGCUACUGCAUACGUUGAUGGCAAGGAUGUCCUUACAUUGGCCGAGUCUGGAGAGUUGAGAAAGCUGUUGCCAGAUUGGGAACGAGGAUGGGUUGAUACACCUCUCAAAUUCCGCACCACAGGGCUUUAUCCUACCUCUGAUCCCGAUGUUUGGUAUUCACUCCAUGGCUCCAUGAAUGCAGAGCCAGUUCUGAAGUCCAUCGGCGUGAACCCAUCUGAUGCCAUUGCCUCCAACGAAGAAGCAGCCGCGCAUAUCGCCAAGUUCACCAGAAAGAUCUCACCUGAGAAGCUUGAGUUUACCAACCUUGUCAACGGCAAUUGCGGUAGUAUUUGCUUCACACCUAAGCAAUGGAAUGAAAGCGAGAUGGGCAAGUCCCUCGCUGCUCAUCCCCUCAUCAACGUCAAGGCUCAACCUCAAGCUAUUCCUACACCUCCCGUUGCCUUCCCUGCUAUUGAUCCAGCCGAUAAGCGCCCGUUGGUGGGUAUCAAGGUCGUUGAGAUGACUCGUGUGAUCGCUGGCCCUCAGAUCGGCACGAUUCUUUCCAGCUUCGGCGCUGAUGUUAUUCGGGUCAAUCCCCCUCACCUGCCUGAUAUCAACAUUAUGCAACUCACUCUCAACGCUGGAAAGCGCACCAUCGCUAUUGAUCUGCGGAAGCCUGAGGAUGCAGCUAUCAUCAAGUCUCUUAUUGCCGAUGCAGAUGUAUUCAUCCAAGGCUUCCGUAUGAAUAAGAUGCCCAAGUUUGGCCUAGGAUUGAACGACAUCCUUAAGAUGGCUGGAGAACGAGGUCGUGGUAUUGUUCACGUCUCGGAGAACUGCUAUGGACCUGAUGGCCAUUAUGCUGAGAGGCCCGGUUGGCAACAAAUCGCUGAUGCGGCUGCUGGAUCAGCAUAUGUCACUGGCCGUUCUCUUAGCUUGCCCAACAACGAAGCUGUUCUACCUUCACUACCGAUUAGCGACAUGACCACAGGCGCCCUUGGCGCAGUAGGUACUCUUCUUGCGCUUCGCGAUCGCGCCAUCAAGGGCGGAAGCUACUCCGUUCACGCAUCCCUCGUCGCAGUCAACGCGUUCGCUCUUCGACCUGAUGUCGGCCUCUACUCACCCGAAACAGUUGCCGAGUGUGCUAAGCGUUUCCAGUGGGCCGAGAUGAGAGGAUCACAUCAUGUUCUUGAUCUUUUGAUGACGGUUUGGGAUGGUUGGAAAAGAGUUCUUGGUAAAGAGUUGGCAGAAGAUGGUGGAUGGUACCAGAGUUUUGAGACAAGCGCUUUUGAUGGAAAGAAGUUGAGUAUCUUGAAGCCUGUUGUUACCUUGAGCGAUGACGAGGUCACACCGCGAUGGAUGACGCCUAGUGUUCCUUAUGCUUAUGAAAAGGCUGAGGGCACCAAGUUUCAGUAA